UGCCUAUUAUAAAUCAUAAAUUAUAAUAUAAUUCCGCUGAUCUUAAUAUUAUAUACCUAUAACGUAGUUUUUUCCUUAAAGUGAAACCGCGCGAAAAUCGAUCGAUUUGAAUUUUGAACUAUAUAUAAAAAACGACGUUUUAUUAAUUUUCAUAAGAAAUGUUUGAUAAAUUGUGAAAAGAAAAACAUGAUUGAUCCUGGAAACACAUUCCUCAACACGUUUUAUAUUACGUUUUGUCUAAACCUUAUAUGUGUAGUAGCUCAAGAAUGGUUAAACGUAACAUCCAACUAUACAGCUUUAAUGAGUGACCUCAAUAUAGACUUACUAGAGCCAGGUAUUGCUGUGCAGCUAUAUGAAGCUAAAAACGACAAUUUUACAUUAAUGGGUACAAUACCUGUAGAUGAGAGUUGGCAAAACAUUACCAUACACUGUGGCGUUAUCACCAAAGGGGGACACUAUAUAAUUCAAUUAAUUACUAAUGACACUACCGARGAUGAUGACAUAAUUCAAGACGGGCAAACGGUCGAACUUGACGUCCGAUGGCCCGAGGCUAGUUUAUCGUUCGAACCAAAACGGAUUACGACGUACCCAGAUCCGUGGCAACAAGUCGUAAUCGUAAUGAAAUUCGAAGGGCCUCAAUGCGAACCUGCCGUCGGGUCUGCUGUGCCAAUGCUGUGGCUCGACUUGAUAUACUGUGGUCUAUCUGCCAAUGCGUGCAAGAAUGUCUCCAGAGAGUCGUCCCGGAGUUCUAUGGAACAUUUGAUCGUUCAUUCCGAACAAAUCCGUGGUUACCCGAGAUUCAGGAAGUUAUUUCUAAAAUGCGAUGUCUUUGGUAUUGCCGGUUUUUACACGGCGGUAUUGAGACCGCCUGAACGCCAAGCGGCUUUCACUCACGUCAUGGACGGAMAGUUAGAGGUUGUCCCGAGCAAUAAAUUUACCUUGAACGUACAUGGCAAAUCAAUAUUCCCUUGUGAUAACUACGGUGGYGGUGUUCCUGUGAUGUUUCAGUACCCGUCGUGUAUCUUGCCAACUUCUGACAAAAUCAGACUGUUUGGUCGACAACGGGAAGAUGUAUCUACAUUGUUACCACCGACGAAAUUGCAUUACGUAUCUGAGCAUCGAAUAAUUAAAGGACGCCAUAAUGUGAACUUCGAUUGCGAUUUGUUUUCAGAAAAAUAUAUUGAAUAUUGUUUCGUCUAUGUUAAUCAAGCCAUAAACAGAGCAUAUACAAACAUCAAAACGAACUGUGUGCCAACAUUGCCAAUCACUGAAGACGAUUCUGGACAAUGGAGUAAAUGGAGUGAAUGGUCGCCGUGUUCGACUACAUGUUAUGGAGGGACUAGGAACAGAUAUAGGACUUGUGACUCGCCUCCACCAAAAUAUGGAGCCAAAUUUUGUCAGGGUUCAUCGUUACAAACUGAAUCAUGUGGUGAAAAACAAAUGUCUGGCAAUGAAUGUGGAAAAAUUGAACUACAAAUUCAAAAAUACAAUAACACCUCAACUACCGGCUUUUUGUCCACGUAUGUUAGUGAUGAACUGGGGGCUGAAUGCCGAUGUGGGUGUGUUAUACACAUGUCCAAAGCUACUCGAACAUUAUCUGCCACGACGAAAGGGUGUCCUGGACGAUCGUUUUGGUUGAUAAAAACUGAAGAAAAAACUACUAUACAAUUUGAGUUCAUCCGUCUGUUUUUAUCAUGCUCGAACCAAUGGAUUAAACUUCGCGAUGGUGACUCAACAGCUUCCGACCUUUUAGCAAAUUUAGAAGGGACUCCAGAUUCUACAAAUCCUAUUAUGUCGACUGGAUCAUACCUAUUGGUAGAAUUUUUUUCAAGUUCUACUGUGCUAUCAAAUGGUGAUUGCUUCGGAGGAUUUUUCGCUCAAAUAAAUCGCAUUGGAGCCAAUAAUUGGUCAUUGCCAAAUUCAAGCCAUGUAGAAUUCAAUAACAACUUUACUUAUUUAAUAUCAGAUAUUGAUUCGUUUUUAGCUACAAUUUCUGCAAUUUUAUUAUUUUUGCUGGUUACUUGUAUGUGUUUUUCCUUGCAAUUCGCUGAACGUAAACACAAAUACCAUAAAGCUAUUACUACAAUGGACAAACAUUCUAAUAUGGGUUCAACUUGCAGUAUGUUAAACGAUAAUGACUAUWCAGCAUCAACUACAACUUUACAAUCACAUAUACCACCAAUAAUAGAAAUUUCAGACACUGGUGAAAACCAAGAUGAUGUGGUUGAAGGAGAAACRAUUUCUGUAGCUGGGAGUGAAAUAGUACCAGAAAAUAUUGUCAYGUGUUCUUCAACAAUAGAUCAGUGUACACCAUUUGUUUCUCAAACGUCCUUAUCUUCAAGGAAAAUUAUAACCCAGUCAACGUCUACUUUGAAUGACCGACCAAAAAUUCAUAAUAAACACAACCCGUUGACUAGUAGCACAGAUUCGAGUAUUCACGGCCAYGACGUGUCGGACUUAGAGAUGGAUUACUAUGAUUACAACGUUCAGAACACAAACAGUGUGCCUGGGUCGUACAUAGGAAUGGACCCGGCUUAUUGCUUAUGGAUACCUCCUUUAUCGGACCAAAGUCCUGGGGAUCACCACGAAAGUAUGGAAAUGUCCAUUUUGGACAUAAAAAACGACAAAUGUAAAAGAAAUUGCGAAAUUAGCAGCAAAUACAAUAAUAGGUUGUCUGCUGACAGUGAAUCGACGUUAGUUAACGAAGACUGUGUUUCAUUGAAAACCCUGAAAUCAUCGCCAAAAGCGUAUUUUUCUAAAAAUAAUCAAAAGGCUGAGUAUAUAAAUGAUUCGAGUAUUAAGUUUGUUGACGACGAUGACGGAGUUGAUGUAGUUUAUGUAGAUAAUAAAGCGGCUUACACGCAUUAAUUUUCACUUCUAAAAACCUUUGAAGUCUCAAUAAAUUGUCCUUAUUAUAARUUAUUUUAUUAAUUGAAUUUCAAAAAUAAUAUAUUAACUUUUAUUGUAGGUACGUUACAAUUUUAAUUUCAG